UACGGGAUGGUGUGCAUAUAACAUAACAAAAAAAUGCGACAUUUAUAUCCACCCCAGCGGUGACUCAUCCUUUGAAAUCUCGAAAAGGGAGGUAAUGAAAGGAGGCGUACAGGACUUAAGAAAGAAGAUUUCCCUCCUCUUGGUUGACCUCGGAUGCUAAGAAUAUUCGGCGCGGAGCAGGGGUGGGAAUGAUCUAUCGAUUUAUCGAACUGAUUUCGCCGGCGAGCCCGGCUGUUGGCAGCCUGUAAUACUUGGUUUGGCUCGCAAUGGCGGGCUUCACCCACAUGUUAGCACGCCAUUUUGGACGUGACAGCGACCCCUUGUGACGCACGCGGCAAGGGCGUAAUUUGCUCCGGGGAUGACGCAAACUCCUAGCUCCUACACUGCAAUCCCAACAAUUCCUGGCUCAAAAAAGAAUUUUUUUUUGACAGAUGAGAAGUGUUAUUAUUAAGGGAAUAACUGUCUGAAUACAAGGCUUAGUUUUGGGGAUCGGUCAUUAAAAGAUUCUGACUGUCUAUCAAGCGAGAGAGGAGCCAUUGUUUUUAUUUGAAUGAUUGCUAGGAGAAAGGCCGUGCAUUACAACCAGAUGAGCUAUGGCUUUGGUCGCGGCGCAGGAAGGUUUGCACGAGGACAACUCCAACAAUUUCCUGAGGCCAAACUCAGGGCUUCUCAACUCGGAGUCGGACGAAGACCUCCAGUCCGUCCGCUCCAAAUCCCAGUCCCCACGAUGCAGCACCUCCGAGAAUCUCCAGCUCCUGCAUCUACGAGACCACUACGAGAUUGUUCGAGAUCUCGGCCGCGGCACUUACGGUAAAGUCGUCCAGGCCGUUUGCAAAGAGACCAGUUCGAAAAUCGCCUUAAAAAUCUUACCCAAAGCCUCGACCAAGCUGCGAGACUUCCAGCGCGAGUUCAACAUCAGCUACUACCUCUCGCCGCACGCCAACAUCGUAGACAGCUACAACGUGGCGUUCGAGACGCGGGCGAGCUACGUGUUUGCUUUAGAGUACGCCCCCUUGGGGGAUCUCUUCGACUUCAUCCCGCCCCAGGUUGGGAUGGUGGAGCAGAACACCAAGACCAUCAUCAAGCAGGUCGCCUCGGCCCUGGAGUUCAUGCACAGCAAGAAGCUCGUUCACCGGGACAUCAAGCCGGAAAACAUACUCGUCCUCGCCCCCGAUUUCACCAAGGUCAAGGUCAUGGACUUCGGCAUGACCCGCCGGGACGGCGCCAUGGUCCGGAAGACGAACGGCAGCAUUCCGUACACUCCCCCGGAGGUCUGCGAGGCCGUGCGGAACGAGAAUAUUUUAGUAACUUCCGGCGCGGACGUGUGGGCGGUGGGGGUGCUACUGUUUUGUAUGCUGACGGGGAACUUCCCCUGGGAAAACGCGGACAUUGGCGACAUCUAUUUCAAGGAGUUCAUUCUGUGGCAACGCCGGAAAACGACGAAAAUCCCUUCACAGUGGCGAAAAUUCUCGCCGCGACUGAUGAAAUUCUUCAGGAAAACGCUGGACAUCAAACCCAACCGGCGGUGCUCGGUGAAAGAGAUCUCAAAGUACAUGAACGACGCCUGGCUUCUCCGUCCCACGGAUAUCAGCGAGGAUGAGUCGGACUCGGGAACGGAAGCGGAGCAGGUGGACCACCUGUCUAUCAUGCUAAGAGACCAUGGGAUAGAGACCAGGGUGGAUAAGCGGCUCAGAGACAGGCGGAUAUCCGAAUGGCUCUUAACCCUGUGACUAGUUCUACGGCGGCCGUGGUGUAUGCUGGGAAAAUCCAUUGAAAUCGCCGUUUAUUUAAUGGCGGACGUACAAGAAAACUUCGUCUUCUACUCCGUGUUUAUCUGCCUUGGAUUUCUGUUAGGUCUCGCGGUAUUUGACGCCAACCCGCUAAGCGGUCCCUGCUCAACGCUAAGCACUCUCGGACGCUACAUGUCGGUGCUGACGAAGAAUAUCAGCGCCUACAUCAACUAAUUUAAUUAACAAGAUGUUGCUUCCAUCUAGCCCAUGUUACAAUCCUUCUAGAAAGUUUACUACCCCCUCCCCCCAAGUGGUAUGUCUUGCCAUACGUGUUAAAUUAUCAUGUUCUAGAGUCUAUUUUUUAAACCCACAUGUGUACAGAAACUGACAUAUCAUAUUGCUUUAAAAUAAUAACAACAACUGUGUUACUGAUAGAUAUUUUUGUACUGUGUAAAUAGCCUAGAGUAUUACAAUGCCAUUGACAUUAUGUUGUUUUUAAUUUAAAAAUUGCAUGUGUACUUUUACGAAAAUCAUCUUGAAAACGAGACUGGUGUGCGUAUAAUUGGAAGUUAAGUAAUGUUUAAGCUGUUCAGCAGAAGCAUGAGAAUUCGUGAGAUAGAGAAUGUGCUAAUUAGUGCACCUCUCAACAACACCAAACAACCCGUGCCUGCCUAAAAGUGCGCCCCUCAACACAAUGGGUGGCCAUUCUUUUUUUUAUAAAGAGGGUGGGGGAGGGGGCAAUCCAUUACAACUACCGUCGUCGGAAAAGUUAAAAGUUAGAAUAACAAAGACCCAUAUACAUAGAUUAAUUUAAUAUUUGUUAACCUGCUAAUACAAUUAAAGAUAUAUUUUUAAAACUACUAGUAACGGUUUUUAAUUAAAGGGCUACCCCUCUUGGCCAACGCUGCCAACGCCCAUACUUAAGAAACGUCCCCCAGCCUUCAGGUAGUGAUUUAAAACAUUCUCUAUUCAAUUUAGAUAUUUCAAAAUAUAAACAUAUUUUCAACAUACUUGUGUUAUUUAUGUAGGCCUAGUAGUCUACGUGUUGCAUUAAAAAAAACAACUGGCGUCCACAAAAGUCUAGAGCUCAACACUAGCCAACCUUUUUGAAAAAAAAAAGUCUGCAAGAGAAAAUUCUAAAUGUCAGCAAAAUUGCGAAAGUACACGUAAUCUAAAACAACGUGAGCUUCAUCUUUAAAACCUUAUCAGAUGCACUUAAAACAUAGCUACACUCAGACUACCCCUAUCAAAGGUGUACCUCAAGAUAUAAACACAAUCUAGUUUAAAACAAAACCUUUUCUGAAACGAAUGCUAUACAAUUAUUCCCACUUCAAGUUAACAACCUCAUAACUUGACAUUAUUCAAGAAUUACCCCAAGUGCAAUAUCAAGGCCUACAACUACAGCAAAAAUUUCGAAACACACCAUUUUCAGUUAGACAGCUUCAAAAUCCAUAAAUUUAUUUCCAUUUUAGCUUUAAAUCUGUCCAAUGCGAAUCUCCUUAUUUAAAAGCGUGCAUGUAACGCUGUUAUGCCACAUUUUAUUCCAUUAUUUGAUUAUACAUUAGCUGCUGUUAAAAAUUCUGUUUAAAAGUUUUGUUGUAUAUUUUUCGUUCUGGAAACCAUUUUUUUUUACGGUAAUAAUAUUAUCUUUUCCGGCAACACGCGUUAAUUUCUAUUAUGUAAAAAAUAUCCUGGCUAGACGCCUAACGAACUCUGACCAAUGAUCUUGUGCUGACGAUAGAAUAUUGAACUUAGCCUACACUGGCUUGAUUAUAGCUAUUUUUAGAUACCGUAUUUGUCCAUGUAAAGGAUUUUAGUUUUUCUUGUUAGAGCUACAAUAAUGAUUGUUUGGUUAACGUUUUAUUAUUCAAGUAUGAAUAUUUAAAGUACCACAGAAAUACGAUUGGCCUAUAAACGUUUAUAUUUGGAAAAUCGGCAGAAGAAAAUUCUGUGUUGUGUUAUAAAUAAAGCAAUUAUGCCUAAUUAUUAUUAAUUAGCAGAACAAGAAAACACCAUUGUUGUAUACUUUUAAAAUGCAUAGCACCAAACAAAGUUUCAAAAGCCUUGACUAACACGCAUGUCUACCCAGUGGCGUCACUAGGUCGGGUGCGGCAACCCAGGGUGUCACCCCCUUCACUAAAGAGUACAUAUAUGAUUGUUGUAUAAUAAACAAAAUUAAAGGCAAUUUUGUGUCCCCUCCAUCCCAGAUGGUCACCCUUGCCUAAUGAUAACAAUAACAUUGAUAAUUUAUUAAACUAACUUGAGAAAGCAGACCUUUUUUAAAGAAAGCUAUAUUUAUUUUAGGUGCCCCCACCCCCUGCUUGUGAUGUUACUAUUACCAACAUUUUCUAGGGUUUCCAAAAAAAACAACAAAAAACUAGUGGUACAAUACCACACCCUAUUUUCUAGUUAGCUGUGUUAUUUUCUCAACCCAGUAGAGAAUUUUAAGGACAAUAUUUAACAAAAAAGGGGGAGGGGUGGUUUAUCAUUAUGCUAGAGAUGGGAAGUAGAGUGGCAUAAACCAAUGUUAUGAAAUACUGCCUUUGAUUUUCUUUCUUUCUUUAUUGUUUUGCUAUAUUUCUGCCGGCAUAUAUAACUUGGACAAAUAGGUUGGCACACAUGGCAAAGGACCAACCUAACUUAAAAUAAAGGGGGAUAAAGUUUGUUAUAGCUUCUAUUGAAGAUGUAACAAGCUAUUUCCUGUAAAAUAAUUUGACUCAUACCUCAAAAAAAUAUCUGUAGCUGGCCCAAAAGUUAUAUUGUAUUAAGCCAAUACAAUUUUCCCAUAAUGAAAGGUGUUCUAUUACAUACAUAGGUCAUGGUUCUUGGAAAUGUUUUAGUUAUAUUUAUAUUGAGUCAGAGUGGGUGAAAAUAUCCAACUUUAGGUGAAAUGACAUUGCAUGAUCAAUAAGGGUGUUUGUAGAGCCAUAUCAGGUUAUAUGUUCAUAUGUUGGUGCCUGUUGGUGAUUGCGAGCCAGAAAAACAAAAUAUUUUAAGUUAAAUAUUAAAUAAAUUAAAUAUUUUACAAUGUAAAUUAUUCAUGCUCUUAUGUCAAUUACAAAUACUGUUCACACUAAAUUAUUUACAACAGCAUUAUUAAAUCGUCUCUCUCCCUAUAUUUAUAUGAAUAUGCAUACAUAUAUGUGUAUGUCUCUAUGUGUAUAUAUAUAUAUAUAUGCAUACAUACAUAUAUUGCCUAUCAAUAUAUACAUUAGCAUAUCAUACAAAUAUGUAGGCCUAUGAAUGUAUUUAAUUAGUUUUAAAAAAUGUACCUAUACAUAAAUGUAUAAAUAUUUCUACAUACAGAGAGAAAUGUGUGUAAACACCAUUAUGAAUAUAAACAGAUGUAUUACUACUUACCUAGACAAUCUACUUACUUAUCUGGUGCCGCACUAUUCCAUUCAGACAGCACCGGAGAGCCUGAGUUGUUCUGAAGGCUUAUAAAAGAACACCGACUUCCAUACUAUAUUUGAAAUACAAUCUCUGUUCCAUUGUUGCUUAGCCUAACUGUUCAUCUCAACAAAGCAAUACAAGAUUUGUAUCUCAAAGUGUUUAACCUUCUGUGUUAAGUAAUUACUCAAGGGAUUCUGUGACUAAACUUGUGAGGUGUAGAGGGUGAAAGUGUUAUGUGGAUGUGUUUAUGUGAUGUUUGGCAUGAUCUAUGUUAACACUAUACAUGUAUGUGAAGCAUCAUGAUGAUGAAUAUCAACUGACAGUGUGAUUUACGUAAAUUUAAACCAACAUGAUUUUAUUAUAUAUAAUGUGAUAGAAAUAGGUAUGUCAUUAUCGUGCUUAUUAAGCUUGACUUAAAGCAUUGUCAUAUAGAAUUCACAUUAGAAUCAACACAGGUUUGAUAUGCUAAUGAAAAGUGCUGACAUUUAAUUAACUCAGAAAAAUAUUAAUUUUUUUAUUUUAAAUUACUGUUUUAGAACCUCUGAAUAAGGGCUAAUGAUUUUGUUUUGUCUGCCUAAUUUUUAACAGAAAUUAAUAAGAUGGACUAUAUAAACUAUAGGCCUGAAUUAUAAUAUGUAGAAUAAAAAGAGCUUCCUUUGUAUGCCUUACUGUAAACAGUGAUGAAUAAAGUUGGACUAUUAUUAUAUGUGGAGAAUAAAGGGAGAUUCCUACGUAUGUACGUACUCUGAAAAGUAUGAUCCACAUAGAUUUGUAGGUGAUGGGUUGUUCAAAGAGUAUGUCAAACUGUGCAAUGCAUUAUUACUCUUUGCUUGACAAUGUGUGAUAUCUAGACAUGCAAUAAUGUAAUAUUUAUAUGGGCUUGUACAGUGUAUAACUUUAUGUGGGAGCAGAAAUACUUCCUGUAUUUAAAGGCCCAAUGAAACUGAAAGUAAUUUACAUCUAUAAAUGUCAAAUGUACUUUUAUAACAAUAUUGAGAAUUCAGACCAAUACUUAACAUUUUUAAAACCAGGCCUAUAUUAACAAUUUUUUAAGUUUUAACAGAAUUUUUAUUAUAAAAUUUAAUCAACUUAAACUAGUAUUAAAGUGUACAAAUAAUAUUCUCUAAUUAAUUAGGCAUCAUUAUGUAUGUACACUGUUACUUCAGGAGCAAUAUAUUUAUUCAACUUGUUAUACAUGCAUGUUUGUUUUUGGUACCUUGGUAUUACCCUGAGUAUCUAGCAUUAGUCCCAUGGAUUAUAUCUGUGUUAGUAUUCUGGAGAUUGUCCUAUGGCGUUUACAAAUAGAAUUUAUGUACAGACUGAUUGUUUUCCAUGAAGUUAAAAAAAAUAUCUUAAAAAAAAAAGCAUUUGAUUAUUUGAAUGUAACAUGUACAUAUGCUGAUCCAGUAUGACUAGUUAAUUUAUUUAAGGUGAGUGUCUUCAAGUUCAGUAUGGUAUGUGGGCGUGUCUUUAAGUACUGUGAUGGCUGGCUUGUCAAUAGUGAAAUAAAACAUGUGGACAUC